CCCAUGAUGAAUAGUGGUGACUCGCAAAUAGGGUCUACAUUUAUUCUAACCUACGCUCCUAUUACUAGGAUUGAAGGGUCGAUUGAGUUUUAUAUUUUGCGAUCAUUUUAAGUGAUAAUUGAAACAAAAUGCCUGAAAGCGUGAAAGUGGAGCCAAAAACAAACAAAGAAGUCAGAAACGGAAAAGAGGAAGAUAAAAAUGAAUUGUCUGAAGAGGAUAAACUUUUGCAAGAAGAGUUAACUCACCUUGUUGAACGUUUGCAAGAUCCUAAUACAAGUUUAUAUUAUCCAGCUUUAGAGUCUCUACGUAACCAUAUCCGUGCAUCCACAACAUCAAUGACUAGUGUUCCAAAACCUCUUAAAUUUAUGAGACCUCAUUAUGAUACUAUGAAAUCUAUUUAUGAAAAGAUAACAGACGUAAAGUGUAAGGAAUUAUGUUCUGAUGUCAUUUCUGUCCUUGCUAUGACUAUGGGUGAAGGUAGAGAAUGUCUUAAGUAUAGACUUACUGGGUCCGCUAUAGCUAUUGGAGAAUGGGGACAUGAAUAUGUUAGGCAUCUAUCAGGAGAAUUAGCUGGUGAAUGGGAUGAGCCAACAGACAAUGCAGAAGCUAUUAGUAAAAAACUAAUAGCUUUGGUACAUGAAAUUGUACCUUAUAACAUGGCCCACAAUGCUGAAACAGAAGCUUGUGAUCUGCUAAUGGAAAUUGAAAGGCUAGAUCUAUUGGAGCAAUACGUAGAUGAAAGUGCAUAUCAAAGAGUUUGUUUAUAUUUAACAAGCUGUGUACCAUAUGUAGCAGAUCCAGAAAAUAAUACUCUACUUCAUGCUGCUGCCAAAUUAUAUAGGAAGUUUGGCCAGUACCCUCAGGCUGUUAGGCUGGCAAUGCAACUGAAUGAUUUACCACUUAUUGAAGAUAUAUUUACAAACUGCACUGAUCUUUCUGUUCAAAAGCAACUAGCAUUUAUGCUAGGUAGACAGCAAAUUUUCUUGGAACUUCCAGAAUCUACUCCAGAAUAUGAUGAUCUAGUUGAAAUCAUGUCCAAUUCUUUGUUAAAUUACCAUUUCCUUAAUCUUGCGCGUGAAUUAGACAUAAUGGAGCCAAAAACACCAGAAGAUGUAUACAAGUCACAUUUAGAAAAUUCUAGAUCUCCAUUUGGGGGUGGUCAAGUAGAUUCAGCAAGACAAAAUCUUGCUGCGAGCUUCGUUAAUGGUUUUGUCAAUGCAGCUUUUGGUCAAGAUAAACUAUUGGUUGAAGAUGGGAAUAAAUGGUUGUAUAAGAAUAAAGAACAUGGAAUGCUUAGUGCAACAGCAUCCCUUGGUCUUGUACUAUUAUGGGACGUUGAUGGUGGUUUGACACCGAUAGACAAGUAUCUUUAUUCUUCUGAAGAUUAUAUCAAAUCUGGUGCUCUAUUAGCUUGUGGUCUGGUCAACUGCCGCGUAAGAAUUGAAUGCGAUCCUGCAUUAGCACUUCUAUCUGAUUAUGUAUUGCACAGCAGUAACACAAUGCGUAUUGGUGCAAUUGUUGGUCUUGGAUUGGCAUAUGCGGGUUCGAAUCGGGAAGCUGUUUAUGGUCUUUUAAUUCCUGUACUUAGCGAUCCCAAGUCUAGUUGGGAAGUCAUAGGCGUGGCAGGUCUUGCUCUAGGAAUGGUAGCAGUAGGUUCUUGCAAUGCUUACGUUACAACAACGAUAAUGCACGCCCUCAUGGAGAAGUCAGAAGCAGAUUUAAAAGACACGUACGCACGAUUUCUACCUUUAGGCCUCGGAUUAUGCUUUUUAGGGAAACAAGAAGCGGCAGAAGCUAUAAUAGCAGCCCUAGAAAUAGUACCUGAACCUUUCAAAUCAAUGUCCACAACUUUAGUAGAAGUGUGCGCGUACGCCGGUACCGGAAAUGUUUUGAAGAUCCAACAUCUAUUGCAUAUUUGUUCUGAACAUUACGAACCAUCCAACGAGAAGGAAGACAAGAGCGAUCGUAAAGAUAAAGAUAAAAAAGAAGAAAAAAAGGAGGAUAAAGCGAAGGAUCUCAGCUCAAGGCAAGCAAUUGCCGUGCUUGGCAUUGCUUUAAUUGCCAUGGGAGAAGAAAUUGGUGCUGAGAUGGCGUACAGAACAUUUGGUCAUUUAUUGCGUUAUUGCGAGCCUGUUAUCAGGCGAUCCGUUCCACUCGCACUUGGACUCAUAUCAGUCUCCAAUCCAAAACUGAAUAUACUCGAUACAUUAUCUAAAUUCUCCCAUGAUAGCGAUCCGGAAGUAGCGCAUAAUGCAAUUUUCGCAAUGGGUUUGGUCGGAGCUGGAACAAACAACGCAAGAUUGGCUGCAAUGUUAAGGCAGCUUGCUCAAUUCCAUGCGAAAGAUCCUAACAAUUUAUUCAUGGUUCGCAUCGCACAAGGUUUGACGCAUCUUGGUAAAGGAACUUUGACGUUAUCUCCAUAUCACAGUGAUAGACAAGUAUUAAGUCCUGUAGCACUUGCUGGACUUUUAGCUACCUUAAUUGGUUUCCUCGACGUAAAAAACAUCAUUCUAGGUCGAUCUCAUUAUUUGUUGUACACGCUAGCAGUUGCAAUGCAACCGAGGAUGUUAGUAACAUUUGAUGAAAAGUUAAAUCCUUUAGCUGUACCGGUAAGGGUAGGUCUUGCUGUAGACGUUGUGGGUCAAGCAGGAAAACCCAAAACGAUUACAGGUUUCCAAACACAUACAACUCCUGUUUUACUAGCAUAUGGUGAAAGAGCAGAACUUGCAACUGAAGAAUAUAUACCUUUAACACCCAUCAUGGAAGGUUUUGUAAUUUUAAGGAAGAAUCCAGACUUUAUACCUUAACUAUAAAGCAAUUACGUGGAAAAAAUAUUUUAUAUAAGUUCUAGUAUAACAUAUAAUGAAAACUAUUGCGUGUAUGCUGUUGAUUUUUUUGGUAUAUAAUUCAUAAUUUAAAUAGAUCUAAAGUAAUCAAAUUACCGAAGAUUUAUUUUUUACGAGUCAGUGAAACACUUAAACAAUGAAUAAACAAACAGUUUUGAUAAUUUUUGUAUUUUUACUUAUCAUAAUAAUAAAAUUACAUUUUUUUAACAGCAAUUAUAUACUUUAAUAAUUAAAAUACUGAUCAACAUGUAAAGUACUCAAAAACUAACUGUUCUACAUUUACAAGUUAUAAAAAUAGUAAAACCUGCGUUUAUAAUAAACUAUGUGUAUUGGCAAGAUCAAGUGAUAAGUAGUCAGUCACGUGUAUACGUAUAAAAUGUAAAUAUCUAAGAGAUUAGCUCUUAGCUAUAAAAGUUUGUUUCAUUAUGCGUAAAAAGGUCACUGUACACUUUUUCCAAAAGUACUACCAUGUAUAAAAAUGUAUAUAUAUUUUAUGCUUACGCGAAUUUAUAUCUACCAAUAAAUUCUAUUAAAAAUCUUAAA